GGAGAGCCUGAACAGUGAGAAGCAGCUGGGUAGCGAUGUUAAGAGUUAAAUCUGAGAAAUCCUGACACUCAGAGCUAGAGGAGAGUUUCAGCUGAUGAAGUAGGAGCCUAACCUGGACGUUGUCUGAUUUCUGCAGUGCCUGAAAGGAAAGGAGUUGUGGGGGGAUCACAGCAACUCAACAGCUUAAAAUCUAGUGGGGCUCUAUUUAUUUCUCUGCUCUCUGCAAAGCUGGGGUGCCAGUAAGAUAAUCUUUGGGGACGUUGUUCAGCUCCUGUUUCUUCCACAUUGAAGCCACUUGCUGGGAGCUGGACUUGGAGUGAAGAGUAACAGGAAAUCUACACAAAGGGCAUUAGGAAGUGUCUGCUGCAUCCCCAGGAGCGAAUGAAAUCACAGCUGUAAUGGAUGGGGUAUUGCUUUCUUCAUUGUCUCUGAGUGGAUCUGUGGGGAGCAAGCUUUGCCAUGUCCUAAUGGCAAGUAGCUAAAGUUAACAUCUACUUUCAUUUCCAUCCCUUGAUGCAGAAAAGGGGCCGGUGGAUGAUUAGAUGGGCACAGCUUGUUCAAGGAGUUAAUCGGAUGGCAGCUUUCAUUUAGAGCAAGAGCAGCUCGGUUUUAAAUAGCCAGAUGAUCGUGACUAAUACAGAAGAGGCACAGCUCAAAGGGCUGCUGUUCUUGACACGGAAGAUCACUUUCCUUUUACUUGCCUAGCUUCGAUUUGGUCCUGCCCUCGACAAGCAUUUGCGCUUUGGGAUGCGAUCUAAGGCAUCUAGCACAAUCCGCACAUCACCCUCGACUGGACUUUCUGAAAGCAGCCAGAUCACCCCGGGAUAUGCUUCCGGUCCCCACUUACCUACAAUAUAACUUGACAAGCAAUUGGGAAACAGAGCGAGGAGGUAUGGCAGACCCCGGGAAGGAUGGAGACCUGAAUGCCAGCUGCAAUGGAAUGGGUGACCCCUGCGGCACAGGCAAUGUUACGAGCUACAACCUCACUUCCCAAGAACAGUCCCCAGACUUCUACGUCGUCCUCCCUGUGAUCUACUCCGUAAUCUGUGCUGUGGGUCUGACGGGCAACACGGCCGUCAUCUACGUGAUCCUCAAAGCCCCAAAGAUGAAGACGGUGACCAACAUGUUCAUCCUCAACUUAGCCAUCGCCGACGACCUGUUCACUCUGGUCCUGCCCAUCAACAUAGCUGAGCAUCUCUUGCACUACUGGCCUUUUGGGGAGGUCCUCUGCAAGGUCAUCCUCUCCAUAGACCACUACAACAUCUUCUCCAGCAUCUAUUUCCUCACCGUCAUGAGCAUAGAUAGGUACCUGGUGGUCCUAGCUACCGUCAGCUCCAAGCGGAUGCCCCAUCGCACUUACCGGGCAGCCCGUAUCAUCAGCUUCGGGAUCUGGUUCCUAGUCACCCUUAUUGUGUCCCCCUUCUUCAUCUUCGCCAAUGUCUACGAAGACGGCCUGGGUAUCAAGAGCUGCGGCCUCAACUUCCCCCGGCCCGAACAAUUUUGGUUCAAAGCCAGUAGGAUCUACACGCUCAUCCUGGCCUUCGCCAUCCCCGUCUCCACCAUCUGCAUCCUGUACACCAUGAUGCUGUACAAACUGAGGAACAUGCGCUUGAACUCAAACGCCAAAGCGCUGGACAAAGCCAAGAAGAAAGUCACCAUCAUGGUCUUCAUCGUCAUGGCCGUGUGUCUCUUCUGCUGGACACCCUUUCACCUGGCCACCAUCGUGGCCUUGACCACUGACUUGCCCCAGACCCCUGUGGUCAUUGGCGCCUCCUACUUCAUCACCAGCCUGAGCUAUGCCAACUCUUGCCUGAACCCGUUCUUGUACGCCUUCCUAGACGACAGCUUUCAGAAGAGUUUCAGGAAGAUGCUGGAAUGCAGAGCUGCUUGAAAUAUCAGCCGUGCCUCCUGGAGCCUCACCAAGGCCCCUUUCGCAUUCAUCAUGGCUGUCGACGGCAACUCCUGCAAACUUUGCAACACGUGUCCCCGAAAAACUUUGCAGCAGUGUCUCAUUUUCAUUUGGAUGCUGCUUUUGUCUUCUCUGUAAGGGCCCUCCUGCUGUGCUUUCAUUGCUUUUCUAUUUUGCUUUGUUAGAAUGCCUAUAAUAUAUAUAUUGUCAGAAAGGGGAAGGAAAAGAGAUCUUGAACUUGUAGAAAUGUCCUUUUGUGUGUCCUUAGUCUGUGUCUGCCCCCUGGUGGACAAUAACAGGAAAAAAAUCCUAAUCAAA